AUGUUUGGGCUAAAUAAACCUUCUACAGGGUUGUUUGGUAAUAAUAACGCCGGUGCGAACACCGGAUCAGGGUUCGGUAGCAAUGCUGGCCAGUCUAGUGGUGGAGGGCUUUUUGGAAGCACUUCUAAUAAUAACACCGGUUUGUUUGGUGGUGCAAACUCGAACAAUAUGGCGGGACAAAAUAAUACGACUACGGGAGGUGGACUAUUUGGUAAUUCCAAUGCAACUGGUGCAGGUGGUGGUCUUUUUGGUAACAGUAACAGCAACACAACAGGCAAUGCUGCCUCAAGUGGUGGACUCUUUGGCAAUAAUAAUACAAACACAGCAACAGGGACAACCACGGGAGGCGGCUUGUUUGGAAACAACACAAGUACUGGAGGUCUAUUUGGUACAAACAAUAAUGCUGGCAGUACAUCGACUGGUGGAGGUCUCUUUGGUACAAACAAUAAUACUGGUAAUACGUCAACUGGUGGAGGUUUAUUUGGUGCUAGCAAACCAGCUACAGGAGGCCUUUUUGGUAAUAACAGUAACAACACGGCCACUACGAAUUCGGCAAGUACAGGCGGUGGCCUAUUUGGUAAUUCUUCUAACACUAUGAAUGCUACAGGAGGAAUGGGUGGACUAUUUGGGAAUAAGCCUGCACAAGGAAUAGGGUCCACUGGGACUAGUCUGUUUGGUAACAAUCAGAAUAGCGCUGGAACCACAUCAGGUCUUGGUGGUGGUGGAUUGUUUGGUUCAAAGCCCACCACAGGAUCGAGUUUGUUUGGGGGUAAUAGUAGUAAUACAGGUUUUGGCUCCAACACUAAUGGAGGUUUAUUUGGUGCUGUUCAGCAACAGCAACAACCACAGAGUGCUUUGGAGAGCAUCAAUCAGCUGGCCAUUACACCACUUACAAGGAUAUCUGACCUACCCCCUCAGAUAAGGGCAGAAGUUGAACAAUUAGAUCAGUAUAUCCAAAAACAAGUACAAAUAUCGGAGCACUUGAAAGCAGAUGAUAAAGAUCAUGACGAACUGGUGUCGUCUAUACCUAGAGACAUAGCAUAUCUAACAAAGGUGCAAUCAAUGACUAUGCAAUCACUACAAAUGGAUUUAAAAAGAAUUUCAAAGAGUAAAGAGCUCACUGACAACAAUCUAUCUGACACACAGAUGUUUGCUAUAAUACUACAGCAAAUUCUGACUCCUGGUUCCAAGAUAUCAUCUCUUGAACUAGAGAAGUUUUUCCAAGCAAAGAUUGCUAUGUAUCAAAGUAAACUGGACGAUUAUUUCAGAGUCUUGUCAGAUAUCGAGAGCGCUGUCAAUGGUAUACAUUGUGAUAUUUUCGGUGGUUCACACGAGAUCAGUGGAUCGGAUGGUUUGUCAAAUAAUGACAAUGCUCAAGAAGAUCUCUACGCUAUGAAAACUGGUCUAAACGCUAUCAUAUCCACCGUAAUCGAAGAAUUCAAACUGUUCAUGAGCACAGCUGAUCAAAUUGCAUCUUUGCAUCAAAAAGUGAAACUUUUGACUAGUACCAAGUAG